AUGGGUUGGUUCUGGGCAGACCCGACGCCGAGACCCAGCACCGCGGCAGUCGCGCCGCAUAACAUACCUACAUCCUCCGACGCCGCUCCUCCACCGGGAUGUCCAAUGCACAAAUCCGACGCUUCAACAUCGUCUUCGGCCCCCUUCCCUCCUCUCGCCAACAACCCACCAAAUACAGACGUAAACUCACCUCCGCCGUCGUCCUGCCCUGUAAAAGCACCAAACCAUGCCCUCCGCUCACCACCUCCUUCUACCGCCGCCACCACAUCGUCCUCCUCCCCUGAACCCGCCAACGCCUCGACGCUUUCCAAACUCAAUCCCCUAAACUACAUGCCCUCCCUCUCCAACGUCCGCGCGGCCGAUAGCCCGCAAUCCGUGUCCCUGCCGCUGUCGCGCGAGACGUCCUCCAUCCCCCGCACCGACAGUGCCAGCAACUGGGAAUACCCCUCCCCGCAACAGAUGUACAACGCCAUGCUGCGCAAAGGCUACACCGACACCCCCGCCGAGCACGUCGAGGCCAUGGUCGCGGUGCACAAUUUCCUGAACGAGGGCGCGUGGGCCGAGAUCGAGGACUGGGAGGCCGUCUUCAGCAGAGGCUUAGGCGCCGCGUGGCAGGUAUGUUCGCGCGGCGAGGAAGGCGUGGCGUCCGAACGGGCGAGACGCGAGCUCGUCCAGCGGCGGAGGGAGAUGCUCGGCCUGGCGGCACCGGAAGGCGAAGAUCAAAGCGACGGCAGCAAACCAAAACUCAUCCGUUUCCAGGGGCGGCCGAAGGAACCGACGCCCAAGGCCCGCAUGUUGCAGGUUCUAGGGACUGUGUUUCCCAGCAACUUCAGCCAGGAACCGCCGUUCGAUCGGCAUGACUGGUACGUCUCCCGGAGGCUGCCUGACGGGUCGACCCGCGAGGUGAGGUACGUGAUUGAUUACUAUGGCGGCGGGGUGGAGGAGGAGACGGGCCAACCCGUGUUUUACUUGGAUAUCAGACCCGCGCUGGAUAGUCCGACGGCGGCGGCGGAGCGGGCCAUGAGAUGGGGAGGCGAUGUGUGGUGGAGGGCUAGCGGGGGGGCUGCAAGGGAAGCGUUCGCACGGGCCAAGGAGAGGGAGAGGAACGGUUCGUGA